GAUCCUAACGUGCUCAUUCUGCUCCCCUGCCCCCCGUCGCGUUACAUUCAGCGGGGCUGCUCGCUUUACAACUAUUGAUUCCUCUCUCUCUCUCUCUCCCUCCCUCCUUCUAUCUCUCUCUCUCUCCAUCACUUCUUAUCUUUUCUUCAAGUGCUGCAGAGAGCGCGGCCGCUGCUGCAUUGUGAGGAGAGAAAGAAUAACGCUAAAGGAAGAUCCGCGUUCACGCGCUCAGAUGGCCGCGCGCCCGUGAAAUCUGGACUCGCGCACAUUCGUUCCCUUCUGCUCUGAGUGAAUGAAGCUGUCUGUCAGAAGGAACCACAUACAUCACACUCUCCUUUCUUUCUCCAGACCCCUCGACUCUGAUCUCGUUCCCCGAAACUCACGUUUGAUUCCUGACUGCUGGAAUCCACUUCUGCUGCCAAACAGCUGAACUCUGCCCAGAUGGAGGACCCCUACAGAGACAGGACGUCUCUGGUCAAAGGCGCUCGUGACAUCGCCAAGGAGGCCAAACGCCACGCCGCCAAGAAGGUCAGCAAAGUGGUGGACCGCGCUUCGAACGAAUACAGCAGCCGCAGCUACAACCGCUUUGAAAAUGAGGACGCCGAUGAAGACUGUUACCAGGACGGCCAGGCUCAGCGAGAGGAUGACGAGGGAUCCAGCGAUGCCACAGAGGGCCACGACGACGAGGAUGAAAUAUACGAGGGCGAGUACCAGGGCGUGCCUGCAGGGGGCGGGGCUACGGAUGGGCGUGGCCAGGUGGCGAUUGGCCAGCUGUUGACGGAUGGAAUGAAGGACAAGCGUGAGCUGGAGAAGGAGAGAGAGGCGGAUGAAGAGGAGCUGGCGCAGCAGUACGAGCUCAUCAUCCAGGAGUGUGGACACGGACGCUUCCAGUGGCAGCUGUUCUUCGUGUUGGGCCUGGCGCUCAUGUCUGACGGGGUGGAGGUGUUCGUGGUGGGCUUUGUGCUGCCCAGUGCUGAGACGGACAUGUGUGUGCCCAACUCUGGAGCUGGAUGGCUGGGCAGUGUGGUGUAUCUGGGAAUGAUGGUGGGAGCGUUCUUCUGGGGCGGUCUGUCAGAUAAAGUGGGUCGCCGUCAGUGUCUGCUGGUGUGUAUGUCAGUCAACGGCUUCUUCUCCUUCCUGUCGUCCUUCGUUCAGGGCUACAGCACCUUCCUCUUCUGCAGGAUGCUCUCUGGGUUUGGGAUUGGCGGUGCGGUUCCCAUCGUGUUCUCAUAUUUCGCCGAGUUCCUGGCCCGUGAGAAGCGCGGGGAACACCUGAGCUGGCUCUGUAUGUUCUGGAUGGUGGGCGGGAUCUACGCCUCAGCCAUGGCCUGGGCCAUCAUUCCACACUACGGCUGGAGCUUCAGCAUGGGUUCAGCGUAUCAGUUCCACAGCUGGCGUGUGUUUGUGGUCGUCUGUGCGUUGCCUUGUGUUUCGGCGGUCGUGGCACUCACAUUCAUGCCAGAGAGUCCUCGCUUCUACCUCGAGAUUGGAAAGCAUGACGAAGCGUGGAUGGUUCUCAAACAGAUUCAUGACACCAACAUGCGUGCGCGCGGAGAGCCUGAGAAAGUGUUUACUGUGAACCGUAUAAAGAUCCCCAGGCAGCUGGACGAGCUGGUGGAGAUGCAGUCCGAGUCAGCAAACCCUGUGGCCAAAGUCUUCUUCAGGAUCAAGAGAGAACUGCGCGGAAUCUGGCUCACAUUCAUGAAGUGCUGGGAUUACCCCGUCAAGGACAACACUGUGAAGCUGGCCGUGGUUUGGUUCUCGCUGUCCUUCGGGUACUACGGUCUGUCUGUCUGGUUUCCUGACGUCAUAAAGCACCUGCAGGCGGACGAGUACGCGUCCCGCGUCAAGAUCCACAACAACGAGAGAAUCGAAGAUUUCACCUUUAAUUUCACCCUGGAGAACCAGAUCCAUAAGAACGGAGUGUUUAUCAAUGACAGAUUCAUUGGCAUGAAGUUUAAGUCUGUGAGUUUCAUCGACUCCAGCUUUCAGAGCUGUUACUUUGAGGACAUCAGCUCCAUCGGUUCCUUCUUCAAGAACUGCACCAUCAUAGAAGCCUUCUUCUAUAAUACAGAUAUCGACGACUCAAAAUUCAUCGGCUCCUCUGUGAUUAACUCCACGUUUGCGCACAACAAGACCGGCUGCCAGAUGACGUUUGAUGACGACUACAGCGCGUACUGGGUGUAUUUCAUCAACUUCCUCGGCACGCUAGCCGUCUUGCCAGGCAACAUCGUCUCGGCCCUCCUCAUGGAUAAAGUGGGCCGUCUGAGCAUGCUAGGCGGCUCGAUGGUGUUGUCUGGCAUCAGUUGUUUCUUUCUGUGGUUCGGCACCAGUGAGUCCAUGAUGAUAGCGAUGCUCUGCCUUUAUAACGGACUCAGUAUAUCGGCCUGGAACUCACUGGACGUGGUGACGGCCGAACUGUAUCCCACCGACAGGAGAGGAACUGGCUUUGGCUUUUGUAACUCCAUGUGUAAGCUGGCCGCAGUCUUGGGGAAUCUAAUAUUUGGGUCAUUGGUGGGAAUCACGAAAUCCAUCCCGAUCCUGUUGGCGUCGUCUGUGCUGGUCGCUGGAGGCCUGGUGGGUCUGCGGCUCCCCGACACACGCUCCAACGUCCUCAUGUGACCCCACCACACCUGUGACCUCUGACCCUGAGUCCUCACAGAAACACGCUCAGGGUGCAGGUGGAGGCGACGACGACGUGUUUGCUUUAUUUGUUAAUUUAAAGUGUGUUACUCGUUCAUUUAGAAAUGUACCCAGUUUAGAUCAAAACUAGAUUUCGAUUUUAGACAGUGAGUUUUUGACCUAAUCUGGGUGGGCGGUAUUAUUAUUUUUAAUUAUUUAUUUAAAUUUGUAUUAUUGUAUUAUUUUAUCUUUAUUAUUUUUAGCUGAACACACACAAAAGAAAAUUCAGGUGAUUUUAAUGUUGGUUUUUUUUUAUAUUAAAGUGUUAAUUUUUUGGUUUUAAAUUAUGCUUUUAAACCCAAACGAGAGUAAAAAAAAGGCCAUUUAGAGAUGUAGAGAUUAGCUUUUUUUGUUAGCAUCGGUCUGAUUCUCCAGUGGCUUCCACCGGAAUAUUUCUUAAACAAGACGAUAACGAUUAUCCAGUUUACAUUUUCUGCUUUUUAUAAAGAUUUAGUUAACAGACGAACACCGACACGCUUUAACUUAAUUCUUGCCUUGGUGAACUUGUCAUCGAUUUAGCCCAAACGGACUUCAUUUGGUGUUUUUCUCUUUUAAAGACGUCUUGAUAACCCAGCUACGCUUCCAUGUGCAAAUCUUCCUCGGAAAACUGAAUGGCCUUUGCUUUCUCUCCAUGCCUCCUUCCUGUAAACCCCUCCCGUCAGCUUCUCGUAGGUUGUAGCGAUCCAUCGUUCAGCAGAACUGAGCGUGUGUCCGAUUUAUUUUGGGAUGCUCUACUGCUCCAAUAGCUGGAAAUAUUGUGUUUCAUCACCAUGCACUGGAAGUUCGUACAUGCAGUUGUGCAAUAUGACAGGACGUGAUACCAUCGAAGCCCAUCUCUUCGAAGAUAAAAGUUAAUUGUGACUUUUUAUCGUACACAAUUUUAAAUUUUUUUGCAAGUUAAUAUCUCGCCAUUCACAAUUUGGACCGUUUCUCGCAAUUUUGAAUUUUUCUCGCAAUUGCGAGUUUGUGUCGCAGUUCUGAGUUUCUAAUGAUUGCAAGGUUAUAUAAUGAACAACAAUUCUGACUUUAUAACUUGCAAUUGUACAUUUAUAUAACAAUAAUGAGAGAAAAUGUCAGAAUUGCUAGAUUGUUUUUCGCAAAACCACACAACUGCGAGUUUUUGACACACAUUUCUGAAAUAUUUCUUGCAAUUAUGACUUUUUCGCAAUUGCGAAUUUAUAUAACACUGAUGCAAAAAAAGUCAGAAUUGCGAGUUUCUAUCUAGUUUAUCUCGCAAUUCAGAUUUUUUUAUUGCAUUUCUGUAAUUGAGAGUUUAUGUUUUGCUAUUCUGACUUUAUAAAUCAUAACUGCAAGAAAUAAAGUCAGAAUUACGAGAUAUAAAUUCACAAUUUAGAAUUUUUCUCACAAUUCUGAUUUUAUAUCUCACAGUUCUGACUUUGUAACACGCAACUGCAAGUUUUAACACACAUUUUUUUCUUGUAAUUCUGACUUUUUCUCGCAAUUUUGAACUUAUAUAACAAUGAUGACAGAAAAAGUCGGAAUUGUAAGUUUAUAUCUCGCAAUUCCGAAUAUUUCUCACAAUUGCAAUUGUGAUUUUUUUUCAUUGCAUUUCUGCAAUUGAGUUUAAAUCAUGCAAUUCUGGUAAAAUAAAAACAGUCCAAAUUGUACGAUAAAAAAUUGCAAUUACCUUUUUUACAGUAAAUGGGCUUCCAUAUGAAACGCCUACAUCCUAGAAAAUAAAAAGCCAUUCAGCCUGGUCUGGUCUUGAUGACGUACAGACUCUGCUGCUGCUGUCUACAUGCACUGAAGUAUACACUAAACACCAGAAACAGACUCCACACAAGUACACUAGUCCACUGCAUCAACACUGAGAUAUUACGGAUGGAGUUUGCAUUCACGGACUUGGGUAUACAUAUGUUUCUGGCCUAAUUUAAUAAUAUUUUAUUGUGUGUAUGUCAGGAAAGUAAUUUGUUUUGAACCCAUUAUGGGUGAAAACAUUUGCUGUACUCGUCUAAAUGUUGUAAAGUGUUGCCUGUUGAGUUUGAAACAUUAAAACAUUAUUUUGCAUUGUCAGAUGUGUAUGCUAAUGUCUCCUCAUGUGUUGUAGAUAUCUUGUAUUUAAUGAACAUUAUUUUCUGUCUGUAGAUGUUUUUUUUUUGUUGGCUGGUUGUGUGAUUUUCUGGGUGUUAUUUAAGCUGACAAGAGGAUUCAGUGUCAUACAGGUAUUUAUUAUUAUUAUUAUUAUUAUUAUAUGUACAAGUUUGAACAAAUUCCGGUCUUGUUUUUUUUUUUUUUACAAAAUCAUUUGGCCUAUCUGAAAAAUUUGAAAAACGUGUGAUAUCUUGUGGUUAAAUGCACCCAUGCAUGUGAAUAUUGAUACUUUGUGUUGCAGUGAUUUGUUAAUCCUGAUUUGGAAGAUGAAUGUAUCAUUAUUGUGAGCGUGUGAUGUUGUUCUGAAAUGCGUUUGGAUUGGUUGUGGAUCUUGCAAAUUCAUUUUGUCGAAGUGUCUGUGUUGCCACUGGCCAAAUAUCUCAGAUAUAUCUCAUUUUAUUUUGAAAAGAAAGAAAAAAGUGCCAUGUACAGUGUGAAUGGAAACUGAAGUGGAUUCGCUCUGGAUCCAGAUGUACUGCUAUUAAAGAGUUUCAUUAUAAGACUCUAAA